AUGUUCAUAUCUAUCUAUCUAUCUAUCUAUCUAUCUAUCUAUCUAUCCCAUCCUAUAUCUACCUAUCUAUCAAUCUAUCUCAUCCUAAACAUAUCUAUCUAUCUAUCUAUUUAUCUACCUAUGAGUUAUAGUCAACAGAUGGUUGUUUAUCCCUCUUUCUCACUUACUCUCCUUCUCUCUCUCUCUUUUUCUCUCUCUUUUUUUCUCUCUCUCUCACUCUUUCUCUCUUUCUCUCUCUUUUUCUCUCUCACUCUUUCUCUCUUUCUCCUUCUUUCUCUCUAUCUCUCUCUUUUUCUCACUCUCACUCUUUCUCUCCGUUCUCUUCAUUUUCUCUCUUUCUGUCUCUCCUUCUUUCUCUCUCUAUCUCUCUCUCACUCUUUCUCCUUCUUUCUCUCUCCAUCUCUCUCUUUUUCUCUCUCUCUCACUCUUUCUCUCUUUCUCUCUCUUUUUCUCUCUCACUCUUUCUCUCUUUCUCCUUCCCUCUCUCUUUAUCUCUCUCUUUUUCUCUUUCUCACUCUUUCUCUCCGUUCUCUUCAUUUUCUCUUUUUCUCUCUCUCACUCUUUUUCUCUUUCUCUCUCUCACUGUUUCUCUCCGUUCUCUUCAUUUUCUCUCUUUUUGUCUCGCCUUCUUUCUCUCUUUUUCUCUCUCUCACUCUUUCUCUCUUUCUCUCUCUCUUUUUCUCUCUCUCUCACUCUUUCUCUCCGUUCUCUUCAUUCUCUACCUUACUUUCUUUGUUUUCUUCACGUUUUUAUAUCAAACUGUACAGACCAGGAUCGUUGUUGCUUAACUUCAAUGUUUCUCUCUCUCUCUCUCUAUCUCUAUCUCUCUCUCUCUCUCUCUAUCUAUCUAUCUAUCUAUCUAUCUCUCUCUCUCUCUCUCUCUGA